AUGGACGGUGCCACGCCCGGUUGCAACGGAGGAGGCUUGGGUAUGGGGCUAGCAACCUUAUCCGAUAAAACCCCAUUGCUACAGAAAUGCCAGCACAAGUUCCGAAGACCACAUUCCUGGGAGAGCAAGGAUCUUCGAAAAUGGGAUACACCUCGGGACAAUUUGAAAAAUAGGGCAAGGGCCAGUCAGCUGUCAGCGACCUAUGACGCAGGAAGAGUCACGGAAUACCUUUACAAGAGAGGGCUGCAGAAAAUAGAGUUUCUGCUUACUGCCGGCUUCUACGAGGAUUGGGAAUCCAAGCAUUUUUCUUCGAGUCCGGCUGCAGUGUCUGCACAUGUCGGUCAGAAGGUUGAACUAUCCUGUGAACACACGCACCGAUUGGAGGUCGUGAGCAGUAUCCUCUGGUACAAACAGCAUGCGGCCGAACCCCCGGUAGCGAUCAAAGCCACGGACUGCCAAAAGACCGGUUGCAGGAUGGCUUACAAAAAAGGCUCCGGCGAACGCACAUCAGUGUUGGAAAUCCGGGAGGUCCGUGUGGAGGAUUCGGGUACCUACUACUGUGCUAGAUUGCAUAGCUAUUCGCUGCUUGCGAAAGGACCCACACUUCUAGUUGGAGACAGCUCCACCAACCGGACUAACAUGUUGGUAUUUGUCCCGCCGUCUGAAAGGAACGGGUCGGUUCCCCUGGUGUGUCUGGUCGGCGGCCUUUCUUCCACUCAGAUUAACAUUUACUGGAACAUAUCUGGACAAAUCAUGGAUGGAUUGAGCGAUAACGGUAUGCUUGAUUCUGACCGGAGCUACAGUGUUAGAAGUCAGGUGCUGGUCCCAGUGGAAACCUGGAGGAGCGGAGGAGUCUGUACCUGCAUCGCACAACUCGGGGGCAUGGGAAAGACGAGGACCAAAAGCGUGUCCCAUCACACAGAUGAACCAGAUCAAGGUUGGUGUCUUCCAACAGUGAUCCUCCUUGCUACCCUUGUCUUCCCUGUUAUCCUCAUUGCUUUUUGGACUUUUAAAGUGCGGAGAUCAGGGACCCAUCGUCAAUCGGCGACGCGUCAAGGACAGAGCAGUGCAGCUCAGUCCGAAGCGCCGAUCCUUUACGCCUCCCUCGAGUUCGCAGCAUCCUCCCAAGCCCGCAGAUGAGAAGCUGGUUGGUUUCUACGUCGGUGGAUUAUGAGGAAAUGGACCUAACCCGGGAUCACACUGAAACCUUCUCAUCGAAUCAUCCCUUGACUCUCCGGGAUUGACAUGAUUUUUUACGGGUUCAUUCUUUAUGUCAAUAAAAUGCGGGACUAACAUUGAUGUCACGGUUCAGGUAUAUUCUGAACACUAGUGAAAAAAAGAAGGUUUUUGCAUAGUUUGUGUCAGUCUUAUCAGAAAGCUUCCCUCAGAGCUAUCAUUUAGCUUUUUUACUUUCUAUAAAUUGAAUGAACUGAGACGGUAUGGCAACAUAAAACGAUCAGGUAGAUAUUCAAAGACCAUUCGUUAAGCAGCGGUGCAGGGGAAAUGCAGAAAGAGGAAAAUAGAGGAUGAAAUGGACAGAUAACAUUGCAGAGUGUUCUGGAGAGAGUUUUGCCACAACCCAGGUAUUUGGUAACAACCGUGAAAGAUGGUGGCAACUGGUGCUGUGUUUAUCUGUACAUCGCCGUAAUGACACAGGCGGGUUAAGGCAUCCGCAACAGUCAUGUAACGGUAAAUUGAAUAUAUUGUAAUAUAAUGAAAACGGUACUGUUUUGAUCAAUUGUCAUUGCCUGGGUUAUUCCGCUUAGGGUUACAACGUGGGUUGAGGC